AUGUUUUGCCUCUUCUCUGCCAAUCCCCGCUUCGACCCGGAUUUCCAAACGCCUCUCAUUCUAGGCGAGUCGUUGGAUUUCUCGGAUUCUGAAGAGUCACAGUUUGUCGGUGCGUUUUCAGACGGCCUGUGGGCCAAGUCUGAGCCCUUUCUGUCUAUGUCUAGCUUCCAGAAGCCCGCUGCUGGUGCCGUACUUGAUUACGCUUCCACGCGCUCUUUGCAUGAUGCUGGCUCAUAUUCGACCUACGGCCAAUCCCCAUACGUGACUACCUCCCUCGUGCCUUCGCCAAUGGCCGACCAGGCCAGCCAGGCAUCCGAUUGUGUUCCUUACAUGCCCAGCAACGAGUAUACUAGCUCGUAUGACGAGGCACAAUCACCCAUGAUGGGUGCACGAUCUCGCCCUGUGCCCGAGGUCGCGACCUAUAGCCCUCAGCGUGGCUGCGAGGGAACCCGAGUGAUGGUGCAGAUCCAGUCGCCUUUUGAUCUGCACAGCUCUACAUAUAGCACGGUCUAUCUUGUCUUCGGUUCGAAGCGGUGCGAAUGUCUCCCCCACUUCCUGGGGUUCCAGAGCAACAAUGCUUUCCAAUAUAUGCUCGCAGUGGAGGCUCCUUCCUUCAUCUCAACGGGCUCGCCUUCCUUCGCGGUGCCUAUUCAGGUCGUCUUGGAGACCCAGGGAGACUGCCAGGCGACAACUCUGCAGGUUGGCGUCUACACAUACGAGCAUGUGCCCCAACCUUCUCCUCCGGCGGACACACGCAAGCGCAAGUUCUCUUCCUACUCAGAUAACCCCAUCUCUGCACCUGCCAAGCGACCUGCUCCUGGAAAUGUGAUGCCCAAGAUCGAGCCGCAAGAUAACUACUCCUAUCGGGAUAACCGCUCCGCCUCCUUCUCGCCUUACCUACAGCCUCUCUCCACGAUGACUGGCUUCGUCGCACCCUUCCACGCCGCGUCCUCUCCUCGCAAUGGAUGUACCCAGUACUCCACCGCGUCUGCCACCACCCAGCCUGCAAUCCGGGCCCCUUCGCCUCUCACCCCUGCCUGGAGUCCCUCGUUCGUGUCUGUCACCAGUGAUGGUCGGAAUCCUGGGAUGGCUGUGGCCCACGGUAUUGCGCAGCACAAGGGACCUUCGCCUAUGCGCUCCACCAACCCGACUCUCAUCCGCACCUCCACCCUGCAGCAGGCCAGUGGUCUCGGUCAGUCCCAGACUUUCAAUCCCUAUGCCAUCUACCCCACCAAGGCUGUCCUCAAGCUGAAUGGGGAUUUGGACGGUAUGGCCGAGGGCUGGAGCAAAGAUGAGGUGGUCGCUCAGCGCCGUCUGGUCGAGUUCACUCGCACUCAGACUGGAAGCACAAUCCACGCCGAUUUCAAGCCCGUGGCUCCCGAGAAGCGAUCUCCCAACAGCAUUUGCAUCAGUUGCAUCAGCUGGGAAGGCAAGGAUGAGUGCUUCGUUACCAGCGUGGACACCAUCUAUCUUCUUGAGUCGCUGGUUGGCGUGCGCUUCACGGUCGAAGAAAAGAACCGCAUUCGACGAAACCUGGAAGGGUUCCGUCCUCUGACUGUCUCCAAGGCUAAGCAAGACAGCGAGGACUUCUUCAAGGUCAUUAUGGGUUUCCCGGCUCCUAAGCCCCGCAACAUCGAGAAGGAUGUCAAGGUCUUCCCCUGGAAGAUCCUCAGUCACGCCCUGAAGAAGAUCAUCGGGAAAUAUUCUGCUAGCUACUCCUCCACCGCAGGCGCUCUGCCGACACCGAUCACAAACUACACCAGCCAUGGUACGGGGUCCGACUCUGGCACCGAGCCUCACACUGCCGCGUCCCCCCAGUCAGUGUCUGACUCCGGUCUGGGCAAUUAUGCUCACACCCUUGGCGCGCCUAUUUACACCCAGGCUGAGCAUGCCUCGUUGACUGCGGCUCCCGAUCUUCGAUCGGUCAUUCCUGCCCACAGCCAGCCAUAUAGCUCCGUUGGUGCCUACCCCUACCCGGCUCCUUGUCAGCCGCAACACGCCAAUGGAAUGGUGACUCCGAGCCCCCGGUCGGCAUGGGACAUCCAUGGUCUGGGUGCUGCUGGUGCUCCUACCACCGCAGCUUCAGCUAAUGCAUGCUACGCCUACAUGGAUCCCGUGUACCCGCUGCAUGACUCGGCACACGGCCAAUGA